UUAGGGUCUUCCUCCUAGCUUUCGGUGUGAACAUGAAGAUUGCGAUUGUAGUUUUAGUGAUACUGGGCAUCGUGACUGGCCCAGUUUUUGCUUCUCCGUGCAACGGGACAUCGGUUGCCUACCGUGCGCGGCGCAGUCCACCUUCCCGAUGUUGUAAUGACGGAUUCGAGGAUUCAUUGAAUCACGAAAAGGUGCUAGCCGUGAGAAGCGAAUGCGUCGUGGAACUUGGUUUAACGGAGAUGCCCGAGGAAGAAUUAGUGAAAAAUGGAGAAACUGUCGCUUGUUUGAUAGAAUGUGUUACCAAAAAACACGAAUUAGCCGAUGAGCAUGGAGAUCUGCUGCACGAGGAUUUGGCCAAAGCGGUGAAGGACCAUUUUAGCGUUGCUGAGUGGAAGGCUCCUUUGUUGGAUGGCAUUAUCGCCGAAUGUUUCAAGUUCGCUGAAGAGCAGCAUGAAGAACAUCCGAGUGAGGAUGGAAAGUGCAAUCCGGAAGGUUUCUAUUUUAGUUACUGCCUGUGGAAAUCUUUUACCCUGGCCUGCCCGGAGGAGAUGCAAGACGAUUCGGAACGGUGCGAGUCGAUUCGUGGAAAGCUGAAAAGCAAUGAGAAGGUGGAACAUUGGAAUGCUGACAUCGACGAGGCGAAGUAAGCGAAGCUUCGCUGUUCGAGCUUGGAUGACGGCGAAAGCUUCUGCGGGAGGCGUUACUUUGAUCGCCUUACGAUGAAAUGUGUGGGUCGUUACUGAAUAAAUAUGUGGUGGAAGUGAAUAACCAUGACAAAGUAAACGUUUUAUCUCUUUGUAAAAUAUUAACAA